AUGGGCGCCUGCUGCUCCAACGACGCGGUCCAGCUGCCGCCGUCGACGAUCGCUCUGCGGUCCGUGCCCGUGCCGGCGCCGCCAAAGGCUGCCAAGAAGAUCCACUCGAGCGAGUACAAGGUCGACAUGUCGUCGUCGGGUGAGCCCGCGCCCGAGCCCAGCAAUGACGAAGACAGCGACGAUAUGGUUGCGUCGCCGACGGCCGCCAAGAAGAAGACGGACCGCGUCGCGUCGGUCACGUCGCGUCAGCUGCGGUCGUCGACCGUCCGGCGCAUGUAUGGCAACCUCAAAAAGUACGCGCACUCGGUCGACGAAGUGUUCCACCGCGACACGUCGCCCGACCGCUUCAUCACGUUCAACUCGUACGAGUACGACGAGCUCGCGCCGCUCCAGCACGAGUGGUGGAUCGAUCCGACCGCGAUCACCGACACGCGCGCGAUUCCAGCGGUGACCAUGGUCUGCGAGUAUGCCUUCCUGGACGGCCAAGAGGUCUUUAUCAAGCGCCUCGACCGCAAUGCGUCGUCGCACAAGCUGUCGCGGUCGCGCCGACUGCUCAUGGCCGAAGUCCACAUCGGCGCCAAGGUCGAGCACCCCUGCGUCUCGGAGUUUGUGCACGGCACGUCGCUUCUCGAGACGCUGGCGUCCGGCCCGCUGAGCUGGCACGAGCACAAGCUGCCGUGGGCGCGGCAGAUCGCGGCCGCCCUCGUGUACCUCCAUAGCAUGCAGAUCACGCACCGCAACCUUAAGCCCGACACGAUCCUCAUCACGACCAAGACGGGCGCGGUCAAGCUCCUCGGCAUGGGCCACGGGGCCACGAGCUCGUUCGUCAACCACCACCCGCCGACCACGAGCGAGUGGAGCGCGCCCGAGCUCCUCCAAGGCCGCGACGUGAGCGAGAAGACCGACGUGUACUCGUUUGGGCUCGUGCUGUUGGCGCUCGAGCUUCAAGCCUCGCCAUUUGGCGCUGCGAGUGCCCACUACCACGAGCUCAUGAUGAAGAUUUUGACGGGGACGCUGAAACCGGUGGUGCCAGCUACGAGCCCUGUCGCCGACAUCCUCCACGACUGUCUGCAGUACCCGCCCGCGCGACGACCGACCAUGGCGGUGGUUGCCUCUCGCCUCGACGGCCUCUCGCUCUAG